AUGGGUUACGUCGCGUGGCUCAAGCGGCGGAAGACCACUGGGAGCCGACCGCUUCGUAAGCGCGACGGUCGCUAUACUUCGCCGGAAGUGGAGGCAGCCCUUUGGCGCUCCGUCAUGUCCUUCCUCCACGACGCUGAGAAUGGAGAAGAAGAUGACGAGGAGGAGGAAGAAGAAGAUGAGGAGGUCGAUCCUCUUCAGGAGGCCCUCGGCGAGGAAGCCGGAGAGGGCCCGGAGUUGAUCCCUGACGCGGGAGCAGGAGUUGGCUCCGUGUCGCCUAGCGGCCCCAUGCGGACCGCUGGUGCGGUCGCGGGAGGCGCGCUGUCGGCUAUGGCCACCGGGGUGGUCGCGGCCGUCUCCGGCGCGCUCCCCGCGGCAGUCCCGGCUCUGACCGAUGGUCGGGUGGGACCUUCCGGUCCGCCGUCCACGGCUGGGUCGGUGCCUGGCACGGCUGAGUCCUUGCAGGCAGAGCUGCGCGAGCUCUAUCGGCCAGACCAGGAGCCCGUGGCGGAUUACAUGAACCGCAUGGCUCGUAUCGCCGAAGCGCAUGGUGUUUCGGUUACGGCCGGUGAGCUUGCUAUGCUCACCACUAAGGCAACUCUCCUUGCGGAAGAGUUUGCUCAGGUCGGGGGCGACUGGCACCCGACCAGGAUGGUUAGGCGCCUGCGGAGCCGCUUUGCGGUCGCAGCGCUCAUGCAAGGAGGGUGGUGA